CUGAAAAAAAUCAAAUCAAAUUUUACCAAAAAAUCACGUUUCUGAAAACCAAACCAAAAUUUGGAAACAAACCAACAAUUCGGAACAGUUUAAUUUUAAUUUUAUGAAUUUGUGGAAUUUUAUUCGGCUUUUUUUGAGAAAUUAGGAGGCUUUGUUGUUAAAAUUCCAGCUGGGGAUUGAGCUAGGUAGGGCUUUUGGGGGGAGGAAUAUAAUCGGGUGAGGUGAGCUCUAACAUUGGAUUUAGGAGAUGAUUGCUACCCGCGAGGAAGAGGAAGGGUCGUGGUGAUCGUUGUUAGAGAAGAAACGAAGGCGUUUUGGGGGUUGGAAUGGACUGCCGGGUAGUGUGCAUGGCAGGCGGCGACGUGUGGAUGAGGGGUAAUAUCGGAGGGGCUUUCAGCCACGAGAGCGAGCACGACCUCGCUCUCAUGGUCACUGAUUUUUUGGAAAACGGUAGCGUUGGAGCUGAGUCGUGGUGUAGCAGCGACAGCGAUUCUGCUCUCUCCGAUCUCGGUCAUCUCGCCGAUAAAAUUCCGUUUUUCAAGCGUUCGAUGGCUCGGUACGAAAGCGAUUUGACUUCAGUGGUUCAUUCUUUGAUACUGUCCAUCAGCGAAAACGAUCUUAAUUUUGAUAAGUCAGGUCAAUGCAGUUCCAGCUGCCUCAAGUUUGCUCUGGUUAAGCUUCUGAGGCUUUCAGGUUAUGACGCUGCCGUGUGCGCGGCUCGGUGGCAGGGCAGUAGCAAGGUCCCCGGAGGGGAUCAUGAAUAUAUUGAUGUGGUGAACUACAACAAUUUGGGGAGCUCUGAGCGUCUCAUCAUUGAUCUUGAUUUCCGGAGCCACUUUGAAAUAGCUAGAGCUGUCCAAUCGUAUGAUAGAAUAUUGAAUUCACUACCAGUUGUUUAUGUGGGAUCCUUGACUAGGCUGAAACAGUACCUUAAAGUUAUGGCUGAAGCUGCUAGAUCUUCCCUAAAGCAGAACUCGAUGCCUCUUCCUCCAUGGAGAUCGCUUGCAUAUCUGCAAGCGAAAUGGCAGUCACCAUACCAGAGACAGUUUAAUCUAGAAGAACAGAAUGUUAAUGGUUCCUACAAUUUUGACCACAAGAAAUGCAGUGCACAUUUGAAGGUGCUGCAGUCUCUGCUUCAGUCUGAAAUUGAAGCAGAAAGACUGUUGAGGCCCGUAAAUAACGAUCAUGUUAGGAGGCACAAGCCCGAUAGGCGGAGGCACUCUUUGCUCAGGAUUCACUAAGAAUGUAAAAUUUUCGGCUCUUGAAGCGAGAGAUCUUGAAGAGACUUAAUUGUAUUGCGGCUUUUCAGAAUUUUGUUUUCCCAGACCUUAAAUAAACGUUAAUCGGAGAUUCAGAAAGAUGGCCAGGUUCAUAAGGCCAACAUGAAUAGCAAUAAGGCAUACUAUAGUUGAUAACUUUUCACUGUUCGUUCUUGCUGGGGAGCCCUUUCAUUUUCGUUUACUUUGCACUCGCGUCAAGCAGCACCAUCGGGUUUUUGGAACUUCUGCAGGUUAAGUCCGAGAGCAUCAAUGGCCGAUCAAGGUGGUAACAGUUCUUGCUUGACUACGGUGCAUCAAAUUUCAGUUGUAUCUGUUUUUUGUUCUUUGAUAUCCUCUUGAAUGUAUCCCUUUUCCCUAAUUUUUCUGGGCCAAGGAAGUUUUGUCACUGUAUCUUUCGUAUUUUUGUUUUCCUUUUCUGCAAUGUAGAGUUGCAUAACUUCCCCAGCAGGACAAUUAGAAUAUUUACUUAAAUUAUGAAAUUUGUUUUUACCCCAAUAAUUAUGAUGAUGUGUUGUUUUAUGCUAUUA